AGCUCCGAGGUGGAUGUACAGGAGUCACAGACCGGCUCGGAUUCUGCAUCAGAGAGGGGGGGGGUCACAAUACGCUGUAGAUCUUAAGCCGGAACCCGAUCUCAAUGAGACCAGGAAGCCUUCUGUUAUUGGACUUUAAAAUAAGGGAUGGUCAAAAUUGUUUAUUUAUUUAGGCAGCUAUUUUUUUUUAUAACUUGUAAGGAAGGUUUCCGCUGCACUUCGUUACCCCGGGGAGCCCCCCUUCUCGUUACCGGACAAAGGACCGGACCGACCAGUCUGUUGUAUGUCCUGACAACACACUCCUGGACUGCGUGCUGAACUCGUGCCUUUUGAAUUUAAGAGGCUUAUUUCAGCUGUAUGAGUUGCCCGUUUAAUUGUAUUUUGCAGGGUAGAGGUAUAUUUUUAAAGGACGCCCUCAAGAGCAGCAGCUCGGGGAUAAUCGGGAACGGCGUAGCAGAGCAUUGACCAGUGUGCUGAGCCAACAGCACGCUUUUCUCCCUUCGCUUGGCCGAUCCAGCUCCGUUCGGUGGACUCGGGAAAAUGAUGCGAGUGCCCAAAGGCGUCUCGCCGGCAUCGGGUCGGCCGGCGGCGGGACUGCCCUGCUCUCAGCAGAAAAUGAAGGUCACGUCCGGCGGAGGGCUGAAGACCGAGUUCUUCAGCGCCGGACUGUCCAGCCCGCCGAUGAGCACGGUGCCGGUGGGCUACUUCACCCAGAUCUGCAACACCGCCGCUGCCGAACAAAGAGCCAGCAGCCUGUAUUCAACCCCCCACGGACCCGAGGCGAAGCCCAUCAGAUCGUCCUCCGGGCGACUGCCGGCUAAAAGGAAGCUGGAUCUAGAGGACCCCCUUUACCUCCCAGAGUUCCGCACGCCAAAAGGGAAAGGCAACAUCACAGCCAGGAUACCAAGUCCAAGGACUCCAAAGUCUCCAGGUGAGCGGACGCGGUACGACACCUCCCUGGGCCUGCUGACCAAGAAAUUUGUGGGCCUGAUUGCUGAGUCUCCUGACGGAGUCCUUGACCUGAACUGGGCCACCGAGGUUCUGGAGGUCCAGAAGAGACGGAUCUAUGACAUCACCAACGUCCUAGAGGGAGUCCAGCUGAUCAGAAAAAAAUCAAAGAAUAACAUCCAAUGGCUGGUUGGAGAUGUAUUUGAGGGCGGUGCAGGUGGAGGAGAGAAGGCUUGUGCCCUGAGAAAAGAGCUGGGAGACCUGGAGAGAGCAGAGAGAUCUCUGGAUGAACUGAUUCACUCCAGCACCACACAGCUCAAACAGCUCACUGAAUAUAAAGACAAUCAGAGGUUGGGCUAUGUGACGUACCAGGACAUCCGCUCCAUCAGCAGUCUCAGAGAACAGACAGUCAUUGCUGUCAAGGCCCCUUCUGAGACCAAGCUGGAGGUGCCAGAUACAGCAGGGCAGGGGUCAUUACAGAUCUAUUUAAAGAGUAAGAAUGGCCCAAUUGAAGUCUACCUGUGUCCAGAGGAGGGUCUUGAAGAUGCUAGCCCCGUUAAGAGCGCUGUCACCCCUAAAAAGGAGUUCCCUCCGCCCCUUGGCCCUCCACCUGCAACCCCAAUGGCACAAUCAAGUUACGGCGUCAAAGAGGAGGCUGCUGAAUCCAACAUGUCUACAGCAGCUCCAGCGACCUCCUCGGCUGCCGCCUCCACCUCCUCUCUUCUGGACGUAGAGGGCCUGUUGGGUUUGCCCCCCAGCCUGCUCCAGAUCACGGAGGACCAGCUUCCUGGCGCCUCAUUCACCCCAGAUCCCAACACCCCCUUUGUCAGUUUCUCUCCACCCUUGGACCAUGACGACUACCUCUGGAGCCUGGAGGAUGGCGAGGGAGUGUCAGAUUUCUUUGACACCUAUGAUCUUGGGGAUCUGUUGAAGAGCUGAGGUAUAGAUGAAGGAGGGCCUUCUUGAAGUAGGAAAUAUUACACUAUGAAGCCAUCAAUCUUUGUUUUUGCCAUGCCUGUCUUAAUGUCAGUGAUUCCAAAGGGGCGUUUACCCCCUUUGUUAAUUUUAAUAAAGUAGAAAACACAAUUGUACAUAUUAAUGUAAAGAACGCUCAGGCUGGGAGGAUGGGUGAGGCUGAGAUUGACACUGAUGUGCGUAAUCGCCAACCAUUAGAAAACACUGUUUAAAAAGCAGGGAUUGUUCUGGAUUUUGUCUCACACUUUCAGAUUGUGCUACAAAGAAAAACGUUUGUAACCAUACAAACACGGGAGUUAUUAUGCAUAUCACAUCCCUGGCAAAAGAUCUGAUAACAUUUCAGUAUCAAGCGGUGUUUAUGAUGUGACAACUCAGGAACUUUUUUCUUCCUCGUUUCCAAAGUCUAAAUGUUUGUGCCACCCUUUGGCCCACAGGGGGCAGCCUUGUAUUAUGUCAGCUUUAACUGCCAUGCAGCUUUACAGGAUUCAAUCACUGGAUGAGAGUAAGGUAAAGCCAUCAAGAACCAUACACAGGGUGUGUUUGUGGGUAUCCUAGUAUAUCCUCAUCAUAGACCCAAUCAAGAUGUGAAUAACUUGUUUAAUACCAGUCCUUGUAGAUCCACUAGCAUCUACAGCCUGAACAUACAGUAUCGUGUGAAACGUGACCAUAGAUAUUAGACAUGCAGCUGAUUUCGAAGGUGCCGGUGUUGCAUCUGUCUAAUCAGGUUUGCUCUCUCCUGCCUGAAGCUUUAUGUCAACCCUUGUGCCUGUUUGGUGCUGCAUUGUGUACCAAACUAUGCAGGUUGUGACAGCCGAUACUGGACCCAGAGCCAGAGUUGAUGACCCGAUAAUGGGUACUCAUUGAACACAUACAAUCUCUGUCUGAGGCUCACACUCUCACUUGUGGAUUUGGAAGGUUUGUUUCAAAACUACUCGCUCCCCUAUUGAUGUGAGUUUCAUAGCUGAUUUUAAUUGAUGGAUUUUUAUUAAUUUGUAAAACUACAAAUGUAUUUCUGAGGAAAUAACCCAAAAGAAUGAAAUCCAGCAUCUGUGUUGCAGGUUUGGUGGAAUGUCAGUUAAUUUAUGUAAUUAAGGUUUAAUUAGAGGGGCAAUUUCUUUUUCCUCUACUUGUUCUGAAAUAAAUGAAGUCUGUUGAUUAAAAAGCUACAGAAACAAUGUGGAAUUUAUCUUAACUGUUCGGAUUUUAGGCCCAUGAAUGCUUUCCCACAUGUUCUUCUGCACCCGAGAUUAGGGCAGCUGUGACUUUUAUCUUUCAAAUGUUUUUUGAGACGUUCUAGACAUUUGGAAAUUUGAAUUCCACGCUGAUGUAUUUUUGGCUUUCCCUCUACAUUGCAGAGAUAAGCUAACUGACCUGUCCUAACAAAACUUGAAAAUGUGUGCUUGUUUGUGUAUUUGAUAGCUUGGGAAAUGGGUGUCAUGGUGUGUUUGUGUGUGCAUUUUUACAUAGUAGAUUAGAAAAUGUGAAUUCAGAAUUUGUAGUUUUUUUUCAAUGAGCAUUAUUUUUCUGGUAUUUGUACAUAAUUUGUUUUUGUAUUUAUACCUAUUUGAAAGUUGAUGCUGUCCUUUCUGCAGAGGGCACAACUGUUUUUUGUAUGACAUGGAGCACUUAAUAUUUUGUAAUAUUGUGUGGUCU